AUGGAUGCGUUCGACGACAAGGCUGUGACCACCGACAAGUCCAAGUCCAAGUCCAAGUCCAAGGUCAACGGCUUCACCAACACCAAGGCAAACGCCAAGACCUACGCCAGCGCCAACGGCAACCAGCUCACGCAGCGGUCUGCCGCUCAUCAUGCCCAGCUUGCCGAGUUCGGCAAGCACGGCAAGUUCGGCUGUGCCUCUGCACCCGCUGCUAGCACAGGAAGUAGCUCGGGUGGGCUCGGCUUUGCGCCGCCGCCUGAUGGCGAACAAAAGCCAGCGACCAUGAUGGUGGUGUGCCGGCACGUCGGCUGCGAGUUUCAGCCCAAGUUCCGCAACUUUGGCGAGCUCAAGAGCCGGCUCCUCCGCCACGAGCGGUCGAUCACCAUCCACGACGACCACUUUCGGCAGCACCACGAUGAUUGCCCCACGUGUGAGGAGCUCAUCCGCCAGGGCGUGUGGUGCGCCGAUGGGUCGACCAACUUUAGUGGCGGCGUCGGGCGCGAUGCCUGUCGCCACGAAGGCUGCAACUGGAUGACGAGGGCAGUAACCCACUGGAAGCGCAACGAGGCGCGGCUCCGGCACGAACGCUCAAUCUCGGCCCACCUUUCCCACGUCCAGGCCUCGACCGAAGUGCUCGACUCGGAAGAGUGCUGUGCCACCUGCGCCGCCCUGUUUGCCUCCGAGGUGUGGGCGCUCAACCCGCUCCGUUGCACGGUGACCGGCCCGCCGAGCCGCGGCGCAGGCAAGGCCGGCGACACCUUUGUCGACCUCGUCGACCCGCCCGAGCUCACGGACUUUGUCGUUCCGAAGCUUGCCCGCGGCGCCGCCCACGGCGACCCGCCGGCGCCGGGCAUGGUGGCCUCGCUCGAGGAGCUGCGCCACCACUUUGUGCGCCCGAAGCGGUCGUCAAGCAAGAAGCGCAAGGCUCCCAAGGCUCCCCGCCGCGCAAAAUCCAAGAUGCGCAAGAUCAUCUCUGGUGCUGCCCGCCGCCUCGAUGCCGACAAGGCUGAGGACGGCUCGCCGAGCGAGGCCGCUCUCCAUGUUGUUGCCACCAAUCAGCGCACCGCAGGCCUGCUCUGCACCGUCUUUGGACUCCUGGUCUCGUCGGGCACCCUCACUCUCGAGCCCGUCCGCGCCCUUGUCUUUCAGCUCGUUCGCAUCGCCCACGCUUUCCACGCAGAAGAGACCCCGAUCACUGCCCAGCUCGACCUGCACUACGUCUCCAUCGUCUCGCCCAUCGUUUUGAACGCCGAGGCCGCGUUCAAGCAGGUCCCAGCCCUCGCCCAAGUGUGGAAGGGCAUGACCAACUGCCUCGACCAGAUUGCUCUCGUGCACUCUCUUCACGAGUCGAACGAGGCUCCGGCAGGCCUCGCUCAUGCCAUCCCCGUACCCGGCACGACGUCGGUGCCGGUAGGCGAGGCAGCCAUCGUCAACGGCGACGAUGACAGCAACAACAACAACAUCAACAACAACAUCAACAACAACAACAACAACAACAACAACAACAACAACAACAACAACAACAACAACAACACCGCCUCACAGGUGUCUGGUGAUGAUGAUGCGAACGCUCUUAUCGCCACCGACGACGAUGACGGCGGUAUGGCGGCCAUGAUCGAGGCCGCCGCUGACCUUCCGCCCGUGCCCGUGGCCGUGGCGGAGUAAAUGACUAACCGACUGGUG